UUUUGGCAUUACCUGUCACACAUCACGACACUCGCAGACUUCAAAUAGCUUCAAAUACAUUUCGACAUCAAGGAAAACUCGUAAACAUAAGCAAUGGAGUAACCAGUGGGCGAUGAACCGGGAUUUCAUCUACAACUACCAGGAUGACGGGCCUAACACGUGGUCGAGGAUUGGCAGCACGCUCAACAAAUGGCUGUGGGGAGCGCUGUGUUGCGGAAUACCCGGCGUGCCCUGCUACUUCUGCACUUGCUGUAAGCAGCUGGACACCAUGACGGAGAGAGAACGCCCCAGAGUCAAUCAAGCGACAGGCACCGCGGAGCGGCUCUCCCGCCAACACCGGCCGAACGCACCACGUAGCAGAAAGGCGACGCCAGAGACGCUGUCCGCGGUGCGGUGCGCGCUCUCGCAGCUGCAGGGCGAGCCCGCGCCACCCCUCCCGCUGCCCGCGGAGCGUCGCACUCAGGACCCCGGCUGAUCAAGCGCCACCAGCGAUACGAUACUUUGUAAGAUUAAUAUUUAAAUGUUAUAUAAACGUACAUUUCUUAAUUUUAGUAUGUGUUUUUUUAAAUAAAUAGCUAUUUUGUGUUUACUUGAAAAAUAAAGCAAAAUGUCUUAUCACUCCUACAAGAAAAAAUCCGCAAUAAUUCCAAGUCGAUAAAGAGAUGCGACAGAUAUAUGUUGAAGCAGGCGCUGAAAUGAGAAUAUGAAGAGUUUUUUACUUAUUUUAAUAGCAGACGUAUAUUUUAUAGCUGCCUCUUUUGUAUGUCGAUAUUCAUAAAGUCGUUAUCCAAUGAUUCGUUCUUAUGAUUUGCCUGUCACUUAUGUUUAUAUAAUUGCAGUCUUGUAAAUGUUUGUAUUUAAAACAAAGGUAUAUCUUACAUUUUAAAUUGUUUUAAACUAUUUGAAUAGGACAAUUAAAUUAAAUGUAGCUGUCGCCAACGUCCAUACCACGUUGAAUACACCGGUUCUCGUCCGAUCACCGAAGUUAAGCAACAUCGGGCGCGGUCAGUACUUGGAUGGGUGACCGCCUGGGAACACCGCGUGAUGUUGGCUUUUUGUCGUUUUUUCUUAUUUUUUUUUUAACUUUACAAGUCUUUUUGUAAUUAUGAGACAUCUAUACAAACAAUUUGAAAUUUCAAUACAAAUAUUUUAAUUAAAUUCAAUUUGGUUGUUAAUCUUCGCAGAAGAUGGCGCUUUAUCCAUUAUUAUUGUUAAACACUUUUUGAAGCUGAUUAAUACAAGAAAUAUAUUUUA